AUUAGUAUUUCUUAUAACAUCGUUUGCAAUUUGUUGUUGAAAUAAUUUUCAAUUUAUACAUCUCUACACAGUUCUACGGUUUUUCUUUUAGUUUUAAAGUUAUUUUUAUGAAUAUAUUUGUUUGGAAUAUCCUGUGAUUAGUUUACCUUCAUUUUGAAUAUUGCUGGUAGUGUUCUUCGUUUUAUAAUAUUUGUGGUUAAGUAUCUAGCAAGAACAUCGUAAAUAUCGUCAUGACUGAGUCAUCAAAAAUGGGUGCUCGAGUAACGAACCUCGUGCCCAAACCAGAAAACGACGAAUCUGGUGAUAAUAAGUGCAAGAGCGUUCCAAUGGCUUUUAUAGAACCACCCAUAAUUGAAGUGGCCAAAGAACCGUUAGAAGUGAACAAAUGUCCCGAAAAUACUAUACUUACACCAGUGAGAAAGGAAUUCGAGAUUCCUCCACCACCGCCACCCACACCUGUACAGGAAAACUCUCCAAAGAAAAAUACUGAAGAUGUAAAAUCAAAUUCCUUAGAGCCAUUUAAAAUUAUGCAAAAUGCUGAAGUUACAAUAAAAAUGUGGGACGAAGAUUGCGGAAAAGUAGUUGGAAAAUCUGCGUCAGAGGGAUGUAAAGAUGUAAGGGUAGGGGCGAAGGCUUCUGAAAUUUUGACUAGUAUUGAUUCAUCAGCAUCAGAAAAGUCGACUGGAAACUCUGAAGGCGAUCAUUUCAUUUCUUCAAAGACUCAACCACUAGAAAAAGGAAAAGAGGCGGAGCCUCACACAAACAAAUUUAAUGCAUUAGCGGAAGCAGCACCUUCACAAAACAACGAAGAGUCGCUUAAAUUUCCAAUGGUACAAACAGAGUCAACGACUUCUUCAUCAACUGCACCACCGCCAAGACUUGAUUUAGUUGAAUAUAAGUCAGCAUUUGUAAUGUUCAAAAGGGAGCUCAGCGUUGCAGAUGCACGUUCUGCAAAAGUUCAGCGAUUAGUUGAGAGAUGCAUUAAAACGAAUUCAUCCGUGUAUCCCAAUGCAAUACCCUUGCCACCGCCGUCACAUUCAAUUCAGAACACGACCGUGAAUGUGACUACGCAUAAUGAUAUUUGCUCAGGUGGCAAGCCAAGGAAAUGUUUUAAAAUGGACACACACAAAUGCCAUCAUCAGCCCGAGGACGAAGUACUUCCAUUGCAGAUGCUACCCGCGCGUUCAUCCACACCUUACACUCAACAGAUCUUAUCUUGUUCGACAGCUAGUUGUGAUUUGGAACAUAUUAGCGAACAUACUAGUCUUUUGAGUGAGUCUGACGACGAGAAAGCUCCAGUAGCAUUCGAGCAGCGACAAAAACUUAUGCAAGCGCAACAUAAAUCCAAUAUGAUUUCAAUUUCAAAAUCAGUACCCGUUAUUAGUCAUCGGAAUGACGGUACCAAUGUUUGUAAAUCAAAAUCGUUGGAGAGAUCACCACUUUUUACUCACUAUAGUCGUGCAGCUUUGUUACAUAUUCGGAACAGUUUACAAAAUAUUUUAAUCUCUCCACAUAAUCAACAUUUACCAACAAAACAUAAUAGUGUACCUAAUAUUGUGGAUUGCGAUGUAAUCGAGUUAGAGGCGCGCCUGCGUCGGCUUAAUAUUUGGAAGCCAACAAAUAAUCAAGAGGAAAAUGGCGGUUGUCGUAAAUAUCAAUGGUCGCGGUCGAAUGACAUGAUGCCUGCUUUUUUAAAAAAUAAAAACAUAGUAGAUGAGUCGAUUAUAAAGAGUCAGCCACCACAGCCUGAACUUAAGGACUCUGCAGUUAUUACAAACCAGCGUCGUAUUGGCAGCGGCAGAUUACCCAGAGUUAAAUGGGCAAAUACAGUUGCGUCGGAAAAUUCUCAAUCCACCUACGAGAAAGAAAGCUCAAAUAAACAAGUACAUAAUGAUAUAUCAAGUAAGCUAAGACUUCUCAAACUCUUUGAGACAAGUAAGGUUGAUAAUAUGCGUAAUGAGAAGACAUCGUUUAGACCGGUGUUAAAUACACUGGCUGCAUUUGCAAAGAAUUCUGAUCGUUCAGAGACACCAUUACCACCCGCUUCCAAUGCCAAUUAUGUGAAGCGUGUCACUUCAGGUUUUUUAGUAGUUUCGAAUCCAAAGGAUCGUUUUAAAGAAGAUAACGAACGGCAUAAAUAUAAUAAUCACAACGAAGAGCCGGAAUGGUUUAGCUGUGGGCCUACGUCACGUUUAGAUACAAUUGAGUUGUGUGGCUUCGAUGAUGAUGAAGAUCAGCACGGCAAGAAAAGCGAUAUUAAGGAUAAUGAUAAUGAGAUAUCAAACGAUAAUGAUGACACUAAGGAGAAUCGCAACGAAAAUGGAAAUAUGCUGGUUUCAAAAACUAAUACAACAGCACGAAGCGGAAAUGAAAAGCCGACGAAUUCUGAUAAAGAAAAUACCAAAUAUCUGCAGGAUCGUAUUGCUACGCAAGAAGAAAGGAAAUCGAUAUCCUUUCAGUAUGAUCAAUUUUCAGGAUCCUCAACAAAACAUACCCAUCAACAACAACGCCAGCACGGUGGUGGUAGUGACAGUAAUGGACAUCACAGUCCUAGCGGUCACUCUAGAUUUAUACCAUUUUUCGCGGCGGGUGGCAAAAAAGGUCAUGAGCGUGUUGAUAAAAAUGGUUCAUCAACAUCGUUAAAUGAGUUCUUCCAGCAGGCUCUAAAUGCACAAAAACCAAGUGAACAACAACAACAAAAACCGGCAUUAAGUUCAAAUGUUAAUCCCACUUUAGGCGAUAUGCCUUUGGUAGACGAAUUGGAAGCUAAAUGGCGCCGCAAUUCCUUGACUGAUCGCAUUAAAAAUAAUAAUAAUAAUGAAGAUAAAAAUAAUAACAAUAUUAAUAAAUACAAACAUUUUAGCUAUAAACACAGCCAAGAUAAAAUACAAGACUCAAAUAAUAAUUUGUUACAAAAUUCAGAUAGUUUCAAGCAAUUAUUGGGACAAUUGCAGAGCAACAACAACAACAACAACAAUAAUAAUAAUAACAAUAACAAACCUGUUCAAAAUAAGCAAUCAACAACACAUAAUUCAAAGAUAACUGGCAAAGGCGAUGGUCAAAAUUCAGCGAUAACUCAACAACAGUCACAAAAUCAAUUUUGUAAUGAAAACAUCUCUAACUUUAUACUUAAACAGCAGCAAUAUCAACAACAACAACAACAACUGUUGCUUGCGAAUUUACAUAUGAAAGCAAUUUUGAGUCGUCCGGAAGCGCAAUAUCUACUAUUGGGAUUAGCUAAAGGCGAGAUAUCGAAACACGGUCUACUAGUUCAACUAUCCAACCCACGUUUGCCUCAGCGCGAUCGCGAGGCCAUAACUGCAGUACUAACUUUUACCUCUACACAGCAGACACAUCCGUUGCAAACGCAAUUUUCUCAUACCCAUGCUCAGCAUCAGUCUUAUUCAAGCCAGCAAUCUUCACAACAGCACCCGUUUGAUGCAUUCUCUAAUAGUUUGGUUCUAAAUCAGUUACAAAAUCUACAAAAUUAUGCAAUAAUGCAACAAACCUUGGCCGCACAACAACAGCAUCAACAUCAACAACAGAGUAAUAUUCAACGUUAUCCAUUUUCAUUACAACCCAUGACAACAGAAGAAUUACAGAAUCACACCAAAUCGAUAAUGCAAAAUGCAUUGGCAAAGCGAAAAUUCGAAGAGCAACAAUCGAACAUAUUGGGCAUGCAAAAGAUAUUACAAUUGAAUGCAGUAGCUACGGCUGCUGCUGCUGCUGUUGCAGUUACAGCAAAUAAGCAGCAACAGCAACAGCAUCAGCAUCAGCUAGCAACUCAAAGUCGCUUAAGUGGUGCCGGCAUGCCAACAGCAACAACAUCUACCGCCAAUCACGGUAGUCAAGUUAAUCGUACCAUAGUCGGUAGUAGCAGUAGACGACUGCAAGCAUUGCAGAAUCUAUUUAAUGAUUCCAAUGGUAUGGUGGACUCUGUGGAAGCAGUAUCAUCUAAAACUGGCCUCACAAAUGGUGUGCAUCCUUCAAAAUCGCAAUCAAGUCAUAGUGGCGCUGGCGUCUAUCGGAAUAUGAAUUACAGCAACGUCAAUAAUAUACAGGCAGCUCCUCGACGACGAUCAUUUUCAAGCAAAUUUACAAAUAGUGGAAAUUCAUCGGUGCCACCCUCUCAUAUCAAAUCUAAUACCUCAGAUAGCGAAUUCCAGCAGCAACAAUCGUCAUCAGUCGAUAAUAAUCACACAGAAACUCGCAAUCGUUGUCAUUACAAUACCAAAAAUGAUACUAACACCAGCUGGGGUGGAGUAGGAAAUGGGUUUGGCAUAGAUCAGAUUCAGCAACAAACGCCGAUACUCUCAACUGGAUUAGAUGACGUCCACUAAUAUAUAUCGUGCGCUGAAAAAUUCGCCAGUAGGCAUUAUGGCUGCAGGCAUAUUUUCGACAUUAGCCAUUAUGGGCACAUAUCGUUUUGCUAUCAAACCGUGGUUGGAU